AUGACGACCGCCACUACCACUUGGACAUGCUCCGAGCUCCUUCGAGGGGAAUCAUAUAAAUCGUACGCCUUGAUCAUAGUCAAUCAACCAAUCCGUCAAGACCUGUUGGAGAAAGCUUGGAAAUCAGCCAAGAUCAAAUUAUGUGCAGAUGGAGGGGCAAAUAGAUUAUACGACGUUGACAGUGUCAAGAAUCCUCUUAGGAGGUCUAUCAGGUCGAGUGGACCAGACGGUACAUACCAUGUCUCUACUACACAAGCUACAUCGAGAGAUAUAUGUGCUAGAUGGAGAAUCGGUCGACACGAUAUACAACUUGACCAUAAUACUAUGGGUCAGACGUGUGGGAUAUUACCGGUCGGUAUAGAUAGUGCUAGAGUGAAGACAAAAGGUCUGAAGUGGGAUACAGGUAAGUCAUGGCCCGAACGAGCUUCGCUGACAGGAAGACUGGGAAACGUCGCUUAA